CAUAUGCAGCAGGCUCAGGCCAACACCUGUCGCUUUCUUUGGAGAAGGGCCCUUAAUUCCUUGAUUCUGUUUGGCAGCAGCAGCAGCAGCAGCUGCCAACUGAAGGCAUCGCGUUACAUCCGCCCAACGGGCGAGGCGAUCUGCUGAGGCUCGGACACAAAAGCCAGCAAGAAACAGGAACGAGCGGCCCCGACAAUCGAGAGCAACGCUCCAAACCGCCAUUCGAGUCUACCCAUGGGCCAUUUCAAUCUUGACAUUGAGAGACAUUUCAUAUUUCAUGGGAAAAACGAAGUGGUCGAUGCCUUGACACAGAAAAAAUCUUUCAUUAAAGUCCGUCCAGCUCUUGCGGUGCUGACCGUAGACAAAGAGCUGCUUGCCUAUUGGCUGCUGCCGUGUGCGCCCUGUUGUCCCCCAGCAGGAGCAGCUCAGCCCCUAUUCACAUGUAAAUAAGCCCCUUAUAAAUACUAACAACAGUCAGCCGGCGACGGCAGCACAUCUCGCUCGGAGUGCACAACAAACACAAGUCAGGCAGCAGAGGGAGAGGAGAGAAAGCUCGACCAAGCAACAUGGCUCCUUCUGCUCGGCACAGUAAGACCGAACUUGGCGUGCAAGAAGAGGAGGAGGGCUACUAUGGGGUCCAGAAGGCGGACAGAAAGAUUAGGAAGCCUCUGGUGGAGAAGCAGAGGCGAGCUCGCAUCAAUGAGAGUCUGCAGGAACUGAGGAGCCUGCUGACUGAUUCGGACUUGCACUCCAAGAUGGAGAAUGCGGAGGUGCUCGAGAUGACGGUCAAAAAGGUGGAGGACGUCCUGAAGACCAGAGCACAAGCAGACACGAUGAGCCAUGAAGCAAGUGAGAGGUUUGCAGCCGGCUACAUCCAGUGCAUGCACGAGGUCCACAUGUUUGUGUCCACCUGUCCCGGCAUCGAUGCAACUGUGGCCGCCGAGCUGCUCAACCAUCUACUGGAGUGCAUGCCCAUGAACCAAGACCACAUCCAGGACGUGCUGAUGGAUCUAAUCACGGACACGUCUGGGAACGCGGGCAGCACAUGGCACGGAGGCGGAGACCUUCUCUGUCCGACGCUGGCCUCCCCCGGGGGAAGGAGCGAGUCCAAUGGGUCGUCCUCCGCCCUCUCGCCGCCCCCUUCCGUCACAUCCAGUGAGGACUCGUGCUCCGAUCUGGACGACAUCGACAGCGAGCACAACCAGAGCACUGCGGAAGCUCUGAGCACGCCCACGGUGACCUACUCCAGGUCCAUGUGGAGACCCUGGUAGGAGCUCACGGGUGCAGAUGGGCUGGAGGAUGCUGGAUCUGUGGGCAUCCUUGAAAGAUAUGAGGAAAAUCUUCGCCCCAAAACAAACACUUAAAACUUACAAAUGAACAGACCAGAUACAGUUGCCACGAAUGGAUUUAUAACUGGACUAUAUUUGGUCUCCACAACUCACCUUCACAAGACAAUGAUGACACAAUGAUGCUGUGGAUCCUUAGGAUGGUUCAGGUUUUUCUCUUUUCUGUCUCUUUUGAAUUCCGGUAAAUACUGGGCUCCACGAAAUCAAUAACAUGCCAGUGGAAAGUGUCUGCAGCUGCCCUUUGGAAUUUGUGGAGUCAUUGCUUUAAAAAAGUGGAUUUUCCUUUCGGCAUCACAGAGAGCUAGUGGUUAGCACAUAUGCUUCCCAAUUCGAAAGUCCUGGUUUCAAACCUCAGCUCUGGCCUUCGUGUGUGGCGUUUGCAUGUUCCCCCCAGGCUCACAUGGGUUUUUUCCGAGUGCUCCGGCUUCCUCCCGCGUUCCAAAAAGAUGUAUGCUAUGUUAAUUGAAGAGUUUAGAUUUUCCAUGGAUGUGAAUGAGUGUAAAAGGUUGUUUGUCUAUUUGUGCCCUGUGACUGGCUGGCAACCAGUCCGGAGUGUACCCGGUCUCCCGCCAAAAGUCAUCUGGGAUAGGCUCCAGCUCACCCAUGAUGAGCCAAAUGAGGAGAAGGAGUAUCGGCCUGAUAACGACAGUCUUUGUCACAACAUUCACUUAUAGCUCAACCACGAAGGACAAAUGAGGAAUAUACCACUUUUUAUGUGAAUAACUUCAUGUACUGUAUAUAGGAUUUGUACGGGGGAAAAGCACGCAAUUUUAGAAAAUGUAAGUUUGGCAGUGCCUCUGAUUAAUAUAAAUAUUUCUAAUGUAUUUCAUUAAGAUUUGUAGUUUAUCUGUCUUGUAAACUCCUUUAGAAUGUUGUGUUGCUAUAAUGUUUAGAUCACUGACUUUGCUUAAUAAAAUA